AUGAAGAAGCCCCACGGCGACCGCGCGGGCGCCUUGCUCGAGCGGCUCCUGGCCGCGUGCCUCGAGAGCCCCGGCGGCGGCGAGCGCCGCGGCGCGGCGCACGGCGUCGCCGCGGCGAUCAAGGGCCUGGGCAUCGGGUCGUUGAAGGCCCACGGCGUCGUCGCCAAGCUCGAGGCGGCCCUGGACGCGGGCGAGGGCAUCAACGCGAAGCACGGCGCGCUGAGCGCCGUCGAGCGCCUCGCCGCGCGGCUCGGCGUGCUCUUCGAGCCGUACGAGAUCGCGCUGCUGCCCUUCCUGCUCCGGGCCUUCAGCGAGGGGUCCGACGUCGUGCGCGACGCCGCGAAGGGCGCGGCGCGCAAGGUCUUCGAGGGCCUCAGCGCCCACGGCGUUAAAUUGGCGUUCCCCGCGGUGCUCGGCGCCGCGUCCGGCGACGAGACGUCGAACUGGCGCGCGCGCGUCGCGGCCAUCGACAUGCUCGGCGCCACGGCCCACUGCGCGCCGAAGCAGUUGGGUGCUGUGCUCCCUCGUGCUGUGCCGGCCCUGGCCGGCGCCCUCGCGGACACGUCGGCGCAAGUAAGAGACGCGGCCAAGGCCGCGCUCGACGACGUCGCGUCCGUCGCGCGGAACCCCGAGGUCAAGGCGCUGAAGCGCGAGCUGAUCGAAGCUUUAGUGGACCCGGCGCACGCGACGCGCGAGGCGCUCGAUGCGUUAUUAGGCCGCGAGUUCGCCCACGCGCUGGACGCGCCGUCGCUCGCGCUCCUCGCGCCGAUCCUCCAGCGGGGGCUCCGCGACCGCGCGGCGGAGACGAAGCGCCGCGCGGCGCUCGUCGCGGGGAAUUUGAGCGCUUUGUGUUCGGGCACGGCCCAAGCGACGGCGGCGCUCGCGCCCCACAUGCCGGCGCUCCAGCCGCUGCUCGAGGCCGCGGCUGUCGGCGACGCGCACCCGGACGUGCGGUCGGCCGCGGCGCGCGCGCUCGCGCAGAUCGUCGGCGCGCUCGGCGAGGUCCAGGUGCCCUUUGUCGUGGAGCGCCUCGUCAAUGCGGCUUUGGGGUGCCGGUCGUCGGACGCGACGCGGUCCGGCGCGGCCCAGGCGUUGUCGCUCGUGCUCAACGAGCUCGGCGAGGACCGCGUCGCGACGUGCCUGACUUCGUCGCUCGCGCCCCUGGGCCGCCAGGAGACGGCCGCGGGCCGCGAGGGCGCGCUGUGGUGCGUCCGGUAUCUGGCGCGGGACACGGCCGAGUUCUCGCCGCUCGUCGGCGACGCUUUGGGCUGCGUGCUCGACGGCCUGGCGGACGACGCGGACCCCGUGCGCGAGGUGGCGUUGUUGGCGGGCAAGCAGCUGGUGAGGAGCCACGGCCGCGAGGAGUUACGGGUGCUCCUGCCGUCGCUCGAGGCGCGGCUGCUGGGCACCGCGUGGCGCAUCCGCGCGGCGGCGGCGCAGUUGAUCGGCGAGCUGCUCUGCCUCGUGGGCGACGCCAAGCCCGUGGGCGUCGCCGUCGAGGAGCUCGACGACAUCGACGCGGCCAUGGGCGACGAGGCGACGGGCGCGCUCAUCGAGGAGCAGAUCGGCGCCGCGGGCUGGCGGAACACGCUGUCGAGCCUGUAUAUCGCGCGCCUCGACGCCGUCGCCGCCGUGCGCCAGGCGGCCGUCGAGGUCUGGAAGACCGUCGUGCCCAACACGCCGCGCGCGCUCCGCGACAUCCUGCCCGUGCUCGUCGCGCGGCUGGACCUGGACGAGGGCGACGACGCGGACGCGGAGAAGCAGCGCGUCGCGAGCCGCGCUUUAGGCGACGUCGUCAAGAAGAUCGGCGACCGCGUCGUCCCCGAGCUCGUGCCUUUAUUGCGCGAAUCCUUCGCCGAGGGCGACGAGGCGACGCGCGUCGGCGUCUGCCUGGGCCUCGCCGAGGUCGCGUCGGCGACGCCGCAGCGCCAGGCGCUCGGCCACCUCGGCCUCCUCGCGCCGGUGAUCGAGGACGCGCUCUGCGGGUCGUCGCGGUCGACGCCGCGCGUCCAGGCCCACGCGGCGCUCGCCUUCCACGCCCUCUACGGCCAGGCGGGCCGCGACGCCGUCGACGCCAUGCUCCCGGGCCUGCUGCGGCGCCUCGACGACGAUUUGGACGACGGCGACGGCUCGCCCGCGGUCCGCGCGCGCCAGGCGCUGCGCGACGUGCUCCGGCGGCGGAGCCGCGAGCUGCUGCCGCUGGUCGUGCCGGCGCUGCUCAAGCGGCCCAUCGGCGACCUCCGCUGCGCGGCGCUGUCCGCCGUCGCGGACGUCGCCGGCGGCCCGCUGAGCCCCUUCGUGUCGUCCGUCGCGCGCGGCGUUUUAGCGGAGCUCGCGGCCAUCCCGCCGGGCGACGGUGGCGAGAACGACGCGCGGCGCGGCGCGCUCCUCGCGGCGGCGGCGGACGUCGCCGCGGCCGUCGCCGCGGCCGGCUUCGCGUCCGACGCCGUCGGCCAGCUCGCGAGCCCCUUUGCCACCACGAAGGACGACGCGCGCCGCGACGCCGCGGCCGUCGCCGCGGCCUUCUUCGCCGCGGUCAAGCGGCGGCUCGCCGCGCCGCCGCCGGGGAGCGUCGUCGCGCCCGACGCGUCGUCGCGCCUCCUCGACGCGGCGCCGAAGCUCCUCAAGGAGCUGCUCUGCUGUUUAGGAGACGGCGACGGCGGAGUCCGGUCCGCGGCCGUCGACGGCCUCGAGGCCUACGGCGCCGCCUUCGACGCGGAGCAGCAGGCGACGCACCUCGACUUCACGCGCGUCACCCUGGCGUCGGCGGCGUCCGACGCGCGCUGGAAGCAGAAGCGCGGCGACGACCCGCUGCCCGCGCUGAGCGAGGACCCGCGGUGCCUCAAGGCGCUGCUCCCCUCCUACCUCCGCGCGCUGCUCCAGGGGUCGCCCGAGGCGCGCGAGUCCGCGGCGCUGGGUUUGGGCGAGCUCGUGGACCUGAGCUCCGAGGCCGCGCUCAAGCCCCUCGCCAUCAAGGUCGCGGGGCCGCUCAUCCGCGUCGUCGGCGACCGCUUCGCCGCGCCCGUGAAGGCCGCGAUCCUCGGCGCGCUCUCCGCGCUCCUGCGCCGGGGCCCGCUCCUCGUCAAGGCCUUCGUGCCCCAGCUCCAGGCCACGUUCUCCAAGGCCCUCCGCGACCCGAGCCGCGACGUCCGCGCGCGCGCGACGGCCGCGCUCGGCCUCCUCGCGCCGCUGUCGACGCGCCUCGACGCGCUCGUCGCGGACCUCGCGCAGUCCGCGGGCGCCGACGACGCGCCCGAGGUCGUCGUCGCCGCGCUGCUCGGCGCCCUCGUCGUCGUCUUCGCCAACCUGGGGGCAAAAACCCCGAAGCCCGAGAGCGUCGACGCCGCGCGGGCCGCGGCGCGCGACUUCGCGGGCCACGCGGACCCGGAGGUCGCCGCGGCCGCGGAAAAGCUCGGGGCGGCGCUGGCCUAACCGUAGCUUACGAAUCC